AUGGCGUCGUUCAAUUCCCACGACAGGUCCCUCAGCACUCCCAGAAACUCGAUUGUGUUCAACAAACCGGCUUCGGCUACCACAGGCAUCUCCACAGGCGAACCAAUCACUCCCACCCUCUCGUCGUCCGACAUAGGCUUGUUCAACUUCGACAGAAACCAUAGCCCUGCCGUCUCCCCCCUCGCCUCCCCCAAGCCAAACGAUGACAAAGACUUGAGGCACAACCUCUUUGGAAAGGUAACUGGCUUUUUGCAUCGCUCGUCGAAUCACUCCAGAUCCGGGUCGGUAUGUUCCCACCGAGACCUCUACAACGACGACCAAAAAUCCAUAUCCGACACCACCAUCAACAGAAAAUCCUCCACAUCAUCUGCAACCUCCAAGUUGCGAUCGCCCAGCCCCAUCAAGACCCCAAUGCAAAGAUCCGAUAGUCGCCCCGUAAAAGAAACUAACCGCAUUUCCUUGGAGUAUGAUCCUAUCAGCAAGAGACGUGUUCUUAACACCUACGAAAUCUUGCGAGAAAUCGGUCGUGGUGAACAUGGUAAAGUCAAAUUGGCCAAGGACUUGAUUAAUAACCAGCUCGUCGCAAUCAAAAUUGUGAGUAGAAGAUCUAAAAAGGACAGACCUGCAUUGAGAUUCAGAAGAGACUCCACUAAAGCUCAGCUCAAUGAAUCCGAAUUGAAAGUUAAGAGGGAAAUCGCUAUCAUGAAAAAAUGUGACCAUAAACACAUUGUAAAAUUAAUAGAAGUCUUAGAUGAUUUGAACUCCUUCAAGAUAUACUUGGUUCUUGAAUACUUGGAAAAGGGCGAGAUUCGCUGGAAGCAUAAACUGGAUUUAAAACAUCUGGCUGGCUCCGACGAUAUCCCAUGCUGUGGCAAUCGCCACAGAAAGAUUUCCAUAAAUGGUUAUGAAUAUGACGAAGACAAUCAAGAAGAUUACUUGUUGUCAAAUGAGUUUUUGCCUAAUUUGACUUUCAAACAAACGAGAAAAAUCUUUAGAGAUGUUUUGCUCGGUUUGGAAUAUUUGCAUUUACAAGGAAUAGUUCAUAGAGAUAUCAAGCCUGCAAAUUUGUUGGUCAAUUCUGAAAACGUGGUUAAAAUAAGUGAUUUUGGUGUUUCCUUUGCCUCAUCACUUGGUGAAAAAGAUGAAGGGCACCUUAUAAAUGAACUAGAAUUGGCAAAAACUGCCGGAACGCCAGCAUUCUUUGCGCCCGAAUUGUGUCAAACAAAUUUCUCUUCAGAUGGAACCCAUAACUCUGUCUCUGCCUCAUCUUUGGAGGCUCUCAAAAAUCAACAAGCCACGCUUGGCAAAGUUCUUCAAAGAAUUGACUACAAGAUUGAUAUUUGGGCAUUGGGUGUAACACUUUAUUGUUUGUUGUUCGGAAAGGUACCCUUUAAUGCUGAUUCAGAAUUUGAGUUAUUCCACGUAAUUGUCAAUCAAAAGUUGGAGUUUCCAAAAUCCAGAUUAGACUUCAAUUCCCCUAGCGAAGUGACUGAAUCUGAAUUUGAGUUGGCAAAAGAUUUGUUGACCAAAAUGAUGGACAAAAAUAGUGCCACCAGAAUUGAGAUAAAAGAAAUUAAAGAGCAUCCAUUUACUUUGAUGGGUCUUGAAGAAGACUUAGAGCUGUUGAAUGAUUUACUUUACUUAAACGAUAAAGAACAAGUUGGAUUGUUGGACCUCCAUAUCGACGAAAACGAAAAGAAUGACAUUGUCUCAAAAGAUGAAAUUGACAAUGCAGUUGUGGGUAUUGGAAGUAGGAUCAGGAGAAGUUUAGUUAAAGCAAUCCGUGCAAGUGGUGGAAAAGACUUGGAUCUCAAGGAAAAAUUCGCAUCAUUGCAAUUAGAGCACUCUAGAAGUACUUCCAGUGAGGACUCUUCUGGUAGCAAUUCGAACAUGAAUUCUUCAUUAAAGUUGAAUAGCAGUGGAAGCCACUCUCUCAUUCUUUCUGAAGCAUUACAAAUUUCUUCGGGUACUCCACCAGUGCCUUCAAAAGGCACCGAUUACUUCAGUACUGCUCCUCAUGUGUCAUCUAAUUUGUCUCAACCACAACAUCCACAUUUGAGUCAAAAGCCCUCCAGAUCUUCAUCUUACUCUAUUGCAGGCAUAAGGGAAGGAAGAAAUCCAAAUUUGAUGUUGCAGGACGUAUUAGAUUCCGAAACAUCCGCAUCCAGCAGGAGAGGAAGCUCUGCAGGUGUCAGUGAAGCACCUCAAAUUGAGACAAAAAGAAACGUUGGCGGUGACCUUUAUCUCAAAAAUCAAUCAAUAGUUGAUACUUUCAAAGGAAUACAGCAAGAAGAUGAUAAAAGGCGCCGUUCUUCUAGCAUUUUCUCGAGCAACGCUUCCACUCCUGGAGCAACGAAAAACUCCAUCUCUUCUCAGGGCGUAUCAGCUAAACUCAGCCUCAACCAACAAAAUGCUAAUGGCCCAAAUAACAAAAAUGCAUCAAGUCAACUUAAGGUUGGUCCAAUUUCAUUUUCUGAGGAGCAUAGACCAUCUUCAGUGAUGUCUUUACCCUUGACAGAAAGUUUCGCAUCAUUGGAUAGUAUCAACGACAAUUAUUUGCUUUUAAAAUAUCAGGAAUUUUCCAAACAGACGAGUGGAGCAUCUAGUGGUCACAAUCAAAAUAGAAGAGACAGUGCUCUGUCUCAGUCUGACAGUAAUUUAGUGGCACAUCAAAAGGAUCCAAUUGAAAGUAUCAAUCACAAGUUCAGGAAUUUCGAUCUCAAUAAUCUGAUGAACUCCAAAGGUAUCAAGUUUAAUUUGAAUUCUGAAGACAAGCGCAAACGCGAAGAUGAGUUUGAAGGAGUUGCUCCUAAAUCAAAACCUUUUCUGGGUAUGUACUCACGAGACAGUUAUAGCAGCUACUCUUCAAGCUCAAGCUCAAAUUCCGAAAGCGAAAGUGAAAGUGAUGAGGAGGGUAAUUUAACGUUGGCAUUCAGUUCUAAGGUGGCAGCUCCUUCUAGGCCCAAGUUCCUUUCAUUGAAUAAUCGUGCCAAGUCGCAUGACUCCAACUUACCACGGCUAAUAAAUCCUGGCGCUCCUAAUCCUACAUAUGAUGUUCCGGUUAUCUUCACCGACGAGUUGCCCGAAUUUGAAGAUGUCCCUGCCUCGUUAAUUUCAAGUGUCCCCCGCACCAGUGUUUCUGGCUCGUCCAACAUGGCUCCGUCAGUGUCACUCUCCAGCACAGACUCCAACGUUACCCUUAGAGGUGAGCAACCACGGUUGAACUUCGGGCAGCCACCAGGAAUGACAUCUCUCCAAGCACCAGUUGGGGCUAAGGCAUCAUCACCACUAGUCCCACGAGCCGAAAAGGCUGGUCACACAGAUAAGCCCAGGGACACGUCUUGCUUGAGAAAGAACAUCUUCAACAAUCAGUUCAAUAACCAUUACAAGAAAGAUCCGGUGUUCUCUCCAUUUCCAAAUGCGGUACAUUUGGGAAAUGACAAGGACGAAAUCGUGAGUGCAAGUACUGAAAAGCAGAUCAGGAAUAGACCUAAUUACUACCGUUCUAACUCGGUUACGGUGGGAUUAUUGCAACAUCGCAGACAGAGCUCAGACUCCCUGUGA